UCCCAUGUCGGUCUUAGUUGGUGGUCAGGCUUUGUUGGAUACUCGAGUCAAUUAUUCCUCGUUUGUACGCAAUAUAAAUCAAUCAAAAUGUGUGACGACGAAGUUGCAGCUUUGGUCAUUGACAAUGGAUCCGGCAUGUGCAAGGCUGGAUUUGCUGGGGAUGACGCUCCAAGGGCCGUGUUUCCUUCCAUCGUUGGACGACCCCGUCACCAGGGAGUUAUGGUCGGCAUGGGUCAGAAGGACUCGUACGUCGGAGAUGAAGCCCAAUCCAAGCGAGGAAUCCUGACUUUGAAGUACCCCAUCGAGCACGGCGUUGUCACCAACUGGGACGACAUGGAGAAAAUCUGGCAUCACACCUUCUACAAUGAGCUCCGAGUUGCUCCAGAGGAACACCCAGUCCUCCUCACCGAAGCCCCCAUGAACCCCAAGGCCAACAGGGAGAAGAUGACCCAAAUCAUGUUCGAGACCUUCAACUGCCCUGCGAUGUACGUUUCCAUCCAAGCCGUCCUUUCCCUCUAUGCUUCUGGUCGUACCACCGGUAUCGUGCUUGACUCUGGAGAUGGUGUCACCCACACCGUUCCAAUCUACGAGGGAUACGCCCUUCCCCACGCCAUGCUCCGUUUGGACCUUGCCGGCCGAGACUUGACCGACUACCUGAUGAAGAUUCUUACCGAGCGUGGAUACACCUUCACCACCACGGCCGAACGAGAAAUCGUUCGUGACAUCAAGGAGAAGUUGUGCUAUGUCGCUCUUGACUUUGACCAAGAAAUGGCCACCGCUGCGAGCUCAUCGUCCCUCGAAAAGUCCUACGAACUUCCGGACGGACAAGUCAUCACGAUUGGAAAUGAGCGAUUCCGUUGCCCAGAAGCCCUCUUCCAACCUUCCUUCUUGGGAAUGGAAAGCGCCGGAAUUCACGAGACCACUUACAACUCCAUCAUGAAGUGCGACCUCGACAUCCGAAAGGACCUCUACGCCAACACCGUCCUCUCCGGAGGUACUUCAAUGUACCCAGGCAUUGCUGACCGCAUGCAGAAGGAGAUUGUGGCCUUGGCCCCAACUUCGAUGAAGAUUAAGAUCAUCGCUCCCCCAGAGAGGAAAUACUCCGUCUGGAUCGGAGGGUCCAUCUUGGCUUCGUUGUCCACCUUCCAACAAAUGUGGAUCUCCAAGCAAGAGUACGAUGAAUCAGGCCCAGCCAUCGUUCACCGAAAGUGCUUCUAAAUUAUCACAUUUUUUGGCAUUCUUAUUGAUAUUUCUCAGUAUUGUGAAUUUUAAUUGUCGCGAGUCGCAAGGCGUGUAAUAAAUUAUAAGCGGAAUAUUUAUCUAAAAUA